AUGGAGCAAAACCCUAAAACAGAGAGGAAAUGGCGGUACACAUGGGAAGCUCAGUCUCACUCUCCAAACCUUCGUCUCUUUCUUUUCGACUCUGAAACUAACCCUAAGAACCAAUGCAAGAGUCUCAAUGUCUGUACCCUCCUCGAAAAAUCUCAACUUCUCGUCACAUGGAUCGAUUCCGAAGCAGAGGGAAGAGAAGAUUGUGUUUCUCUUCGUGUUCCUGUUCCUAGAGUUCUUCUAGAUGCUGAAUCUCCUGUAAAGUUCAAAGCUUUGGAUGAUCACAUCGAGGUUAGACUUGCUCUGUUACUCCCCGUUGAUCAUCCUCUAGUCUCUGAUUUGGUGACUGGAGAUAGAGAAAAGUCUGCGCCUUUAGUGAUGGAAUGUGAUGUGAAGACUAUGAAUUUAAUGGGAGGAGUUCAUUUACACUGUAGAGAAUGCUCUUUUAGGUUAACAAAGAGAGCUCUGUUUGAGUUCUCGGAGAUGCCUUCUGUUAAUUGGCGAGAGUCUGCUGAUAAUUGGUUUGGUACUUGUUGUUGUUCUUUUGGUGGGAUUAGUGAGAAGAUGGUUGUUAAGUAUACUAACUCUUAUGCUUGCUCUAGUGGGUUGUGUCUGCUUAGUGCUACAACUGUUUUGCUUAGUGAGGAGGAUCUCGUAGAGUGUAUCUUGUUUGAUAAAGUUGGAGUGAGUCGGGGUUGUGAUCUUGGUGUAGUUGAAUUGGGUUCUGGAAAAUGUGAAGUGGAUAGUGACAGACAUGAGGAUGGAGGUGAGAGUAUUCAUGGUCAAGUCGAUGAGUUGAGAGAUAAGGCAUUAACGGUGCCUGGAUGUUGUGUACAUGACUCGUCUGGCUCUAGUGAGAGUUUUCAGUUGGAGCAGAGACUUACACUUGAUAAGAAGUUUCUUCUUGAUGGGUUUCUUGAGGAUGUUUUUAUGGCAAAGGCAUCGAAUGUAUCCAAGAAUGUUGAGUGGGUCGAAUUGGCUUGUCCACAGUGUUCGUCUCCUCUUGGAGCAUAUCCUUCUGGCGGUGGGAGCAACGAGAAACCCAUAGAUGGUGGAGUUAGACUCUUCAAGUGUUAUAUUUCCACAUCAUCUGCUACUGGUGAAUCCUCUGAUGUUUUCAGGAAAUACACUUUGGAGAGAAUGUUUACCAAUCAGCUAGUGGAAUGUGCCAAAGAAGAGUUAUCAUUUCAUGUUUUGGUCAAAGAUUUGACAACCAAAUCGCCUCUGUUCCAGAUUAUCAUCCUGAAUCCAAACUCUUGGUCCUCGACUGGUCUAUGUUCGAGCCGAGAUGAAGCAGGUUUUACAUCAGAACUAAGUCAUAUUGUGAAGGUUCUGUUUUCAGAUUGCAACAGCGCACUGGUGAAGAAAGUUGAUGAAGAAGUUUACAUUUUGAAGGGACAAGGAGAAGAGUUGAUAGAGCUGCUUACAAAUGCUAGCAAAUUUCUUCCAUCUUCAUGUGCAUAUCUUCAGGGCUCCCUUGUCUCAUCUAUGCAUCUAUGAUUUAAUGAAUCUUUCUUCACUUUUAUCUUAUUCUUUCUUUUGUAUGAUUUAGUGAUGAACAUGGAUAUAAAUUCUUGUAAACGAAUUGUCUUUCUUUGCUAUGUUUUGUUAAC